AUGGAGGGCGUAAGCGGAGCAGGGAGGGGAGGGGCAGAAAGAGGAGGAAACGGAGGAGGGAAGAGCUUAAGUGAUGGGCAGGGAACGUGCGAGAGAAGGGAGGAGAGGAGGGUGGUCCAGAGAAGAACAGUUGAGGGUUUGGGGUUUUCGAGAGGAGUGAGCGAGGGAGGUAAUGUGAAGCGAGAGAGUGAGGAGGAAAUUGAGAUGGUGGUGAGUGAAGGAGGUGUGUUGGGAAGGGAUAGUGUGGAAGCGGCUUUGCAGAGGAGAGGAGGAGGAGAGGAGGAGGAGGAGGAGGAGGAGGAGGAGGAGGAGGAGGAGGAGGAGGAGGAGGAGGAGGAGGAGGAGGAGGAGGAGGAGGAGGAGGAGGAGGAGGAGGAGGAGGAGGAGGAGGAGGAGGAGGAGGAGGAGGAGGAGGAGGAGGAGGAGGAGGAGGAGGAGGAGGAGGAGGAGGAGGAGGAGGAGGAGGAGGAGGAGGAGGAGGAGGAGGAGGAGGAGGAGGAGGAGGAGGAGGAGGAGGAGGAGGAGGAGGAGGAGGAGGAGGAGGAGGAGGAGGAGGAGGAGGAGGAGGAGGAGGAGGAGGAGGAGGAGGAGGAGGAGGAGGAGGAGGAGGGAGGAGGAGGAGGAGGAGGAGGAGGAGGAGGAGGAGGAGGAGGAGGAGGAGGAGGAGGAGGAGGAGGAGGAGGAGGAGGAGGAGGAGGAGGAGGAGGAGGAGGAGGAGGAGGAGGAGGAGGAGGAGGAGGAGGAGGAGGAGGAGGAGGAGGAGGAGGAGGAGGAGGAGGAGGAGCGGCAGGAGGAGCAGCAGUCGCAGGGGCAGGAGGACCAGAAGGAAGAGCAGCAGGAGGAGCGGCAGGAGGAGCGGCAGGAGGAGGAGCAGGAGGAGUAGUAGGAGGAGCAGCAGCAGGAGCAGCAGGAGGAGGAGCAGGAGGAGUAGUAGGAGGAGCAGCAGCAGGAGCAGCAGGAGGAGGCGCAGAGCAGGCAAUAGAGGCUCCAUCCCAAGCCGUUUCCUCCUAUGCUGCUGCAUCCCAAGCAUCUCCCUCUUAUGCUGCCGCUCCAUCCCAGGUUCCCCUACCCCCUUCACCUUCAUCAGCACUUGCUGCUUCCCCUGGUGCGGUAGACAGAGUUUUUUCGGGCAGGGCGGAUUCUUCGCGGGCAGAUGCUUCUUGGGCGGAUUUUUCCCGGGCGGAUUUUUCUCGGGCAGCUUUUUCUCGGGCGGAUUUUUCCCAGGCAGAUGCGUCCGAGCCAACGCGGUUUGCCUUGCCUCGGGAGCUGCCCGUGCCUGGGAGCGAGGCAGUGGCAGCAGCAGGAAGGUUCCGAUCUCCUGAGGAGUUUAUGAGGAGGCAACUCACUGCCAUGGCUGAGGCUGUGGAGAACAGAGACAUGGCACAAGUGCAGCAGGCAUACUUGCAGCUGAAGCCUCUCGCGCGGCCCAAGGGGAUGGCGAUGGAGAGAUUGAUUCACUAUAUGGUGGAGGGGCUCUUCAAGAGACUGCAAGGGAACGGGUACCAGCACUUCAACACUCCCGUUCGGAAAACUCCCAAGGAGCUGGAUGAAGCACGUGCCUGGUUCGCUACAAGCACGCCGUACCCCGCCUUUGGCAACAUGGCAAUAACGGGGAUGUUUCUGCACGCCGUCUCCUCCGCCUCCCACGUCCACCUCAUCGACUUUGGAGAACUCCUUCCCUUCCACCUGCCCACCAUCAUGGAACUUUUUGCUGCCCGCCCGGGCGGCCCGCCGCACCUCCGUGUCACGGGGCUGGACACAACGACUUUCGUCUGCCCGGGGCGGAAGGAUUUUAAGAGCCUGCGGGCAGUGGCGGAGGUGGGGAGGAGGUUGAGGGGGAUGGCGAUGCGGCUGGGCGUGCCUUUCGAGUUUGAGUAUAUCGAUAUUGACGAGAACCAACUGCACCUUCUGUACCAGGUGAAGAGGAGGUGGAGUGAGACGCUGGUGGUGUGCGCACAUCUCGAGCUCAUGAAUUUUCCAGACGAUUCUGUUGUGGACCAUGGGCCCAGAGACUGCAUUCUCAGGUGGAUCCACGACUUAAAGCCCGCGCUCUUCACGUUUGUAGAGAUGGAUCUAGACUCCAACGCCCGCCCCUUCCUCUCCCGCUUCCAACACAUUCUCGACCAUCAUCUCUCCGUCUUCUGCUCGCACGACGCUCUUAUCGGCGCCGCCGACAAACGCCUGCUCUCCAUUUUCGAGGAGCUUUAUUUCGGCCGGACGAUUGUGAAUAUUGUGUCGUGUGAAGGGGUGGAACGGGUUCACCGGCCGGAGACGCUUGACCAAUGGCGGGGGAGGAUGCUCAGGCUAGGUGUCCCUCCUGUUAGUCGCACGCCGUGCGUUAGUAAUCCGAUCAAACUCGCGCGGCGGGGAGGGAUGGAGCUGGAGGAGGCGGCGCGGGAGCGGAAAGAGCGGCUGCGAGCGUUACGGGAGGCGGCGUCGAUCGUGACAACAGGCGGCGAGAAAACGGCUAGCCUGCUAGCAGACGGCGACGAUGGAAAGGAGAACGAGCCUGUGGCGGAGGUUCGGUUCCGGAGCUACUUGCCUCGGGACGACCAGCUGAUGGAGAGGAAGCUUCCUCCAGCGCAGCUCCCCAAGUUCCAGGAACCUACCGCCGCCCAGCCACUGUUCUUAGACCCGAACGAGGACCCAGUAACAGCCAUCGCUCCUCGCAAGCCCAACUGGGACUUACGGCGGGAUGUGGCGAAGCGGCUAGCGAAGCUGGAGAGACGGACGCAGCGAGCGAUGGUCGAACUCAUGAGUACGUGA